AUGGACGGCCUGGUGAACACCACGUCACCAAGGGUGGACGCGGCCCCAUCUUCGGAUGUUCCUCCCAUCGAAACACAAUCAUCGGAUACCGCAACCCCUCUUGCAGCUGAACCGGAAACUUUUUCGGAAUCAGCCUUCAUGAGAGGCGCAACCCCUUCUACGAAUAAGGAGACUGUCGAGUUUGUCCCUGAGUCGGUAUCUGCUGAAAGUAAUGACAACAACGAGGAGACCUCCCUGGAGGAAAUUCCACCACCAAACGAAGCGCCUAAUGUGGCAUCCGAGGAUUCCUGGGGCUUGAUGGAGGCGGACAACGGUAAUGUGUUAUCCGGGGUCGCUCCUUCGACUGAAAUCCCGCUUGCGAGUUCUGAGCCUACGAUCGCCGCUCAACUUGAGGAUAGUCAUGAACCGACCUUUGUUGCGGACCCUGUAAUUCGAACCCACGAGCAGACCGUAGUUCCUGAGCCCACAUUUGAGGCGAGUGACGACGUCUUGCCCACCACCGAAAACCUGCCAUUGUCCGAGAAUCCGCAAACCAGCAUUCAAUCCGAGACUGUCGACCACCCAACCUCUUCCCCCAAUGACACCCAUAUGUCUCAACAGGCAGCCAACCCAGAGACUCCCACUGAUACUCAAAGCCCGUGGGCCCAGGACAUGAGCCGCGAUGUUGACUCCGAGGACGAUAGUUUCUUUAACCAACUCAACACUCAGACAAAGCCAAUCUUCUCUCCCCCGCAGGCAGAGUCGAGGUUUGAGGAAGGCCUUCCGUUAUUGGAUCAGUCGCCAGUCUCACCUGAACCCGUGCAGGUAGACAAACAUAUUGCGGACGUGUUUUCGAAUGAUGGCGACGGAGAAGAUUUCUUCGGUUCUUUGAGGUCUCAAGAGAACUCCCAAAAAGCGCUCCAUGGAAACACCCAGGAAAGCCUCCAAGAGAACUUGCAAGAGAACCUUCAACAAAGCUUCCAACAAACUCCUCAGGAAAGUCUUUUAGGAAGUCUCCAGGGAACUUCCCAGGACGACCCUCAUCUAACCAGGAAGAGCACGCCUCAGGUGCUGGAGUCAGUCGGAUUCGAUAUUGACUCUCCAGCCAGCGACGCCUCAGCAGCCGCUCAGUUUGAUGACAUUAUUAAGGCUGCAUCGUCUGAACCACCAGCCCCAGCCGAACCUUCGGAGGAAGAGAUAGCCGCCAGGUGGGAAGCCGAGUUGGGUGAUUCACCAGAUGAUGAUCUGGCAGCUCGUUGGGAGGCGGAAUUGGAUGAUGACGAUAUACUGCUUGAAAACGAUUCUACUCGGCCUGUCUCUGAAGCACCCACGGAACAAAUUCCAGUUCAACCGGUCAGCAAUGGAGUUCCGGCUGGCUUAAACAGUUCGUUCCAGACUCCUCAUGCCUAUUCUCAACCAAGGCCUGUGCCUGGCGUAUAUACGCCUCAUCAACCGUCCACAGCGGAUCUUUUGCAAGGAAUGCCUGGGACUGCACCACCAACUAGUGCGGCUAUGCCGUCAUAUUUCUCCCAACAGCCCCAGAACCCAGUGACAACCAGAGGAGAGAGUUUUGCUGAACGAUCAAAGGAGGGUUACAAGUCUCCCUACGACCUCCCAGAUGACAUCUCUCGACCUCGAAAGCCCGUUGUCACUCAUCGACCUGUUCCUCCAACUGUGACCAGCAUGCCCCCGCCUCCGCCGCCGGCUGCUCCUGGUAUGCCGAUGCCAGCAGCAACUACUUUCCCGCCUACAGCUGCUCCGCCCGCCGCCGCGGCUCCUCCACCGGCUCCGAAAAAUUUCUAUGAGGAGCUUCCAUUGGCACCACCGAGGACUAGGCCUGCCAGCUCUGGGAGGUAUACUCCUAACCCGCAGGUGGCUCCAACGACUGGCCCAUCUCUUCCCCCGCCGUCCCAGUACGCCCCUUCUGCACCCGCGGUCCCACAGCCUGUCCCGCAGCCUAUCGCUACCCCAAUGCAAGCUUCACUCCAACCCCCGAACAGCUGGAUCCGUAUGCCAGCUUGGCCUCAAGUGCUCCUGCCGGCCCUCCUCCUGCGUCGCGGUAUUCGCCUCAGCCGGCUGGCCUGCAAGCGCCAUCGAAACCACCCUCGCUGCCGCGAUACUCCCCUGCGCCUCCUUCCAGCUCUUCCGCUCGCAAUCGUUACGCCUCUCAGCCAUUGA